AUGCAGUCCAUCUUGCGCGCCAGAGUGCCCUUGUCGCGGGCAUGCCGCAUCCAGUCGCGUACCCUGGGUACCUACGCGACCUUCAAGGUGCCGCAGAUUAACAACGAGCCUAACAAACACUACAUCCCCGGUACUGCGGAUCGCAAGGGCCUCGAGGACGCUCUUGCUUCAUACAAGCAGAACGCUCCGCUGAACGUGCCUCUGGUCGUGGCUGGUAAGGAGAUCAGCAGCUCCCAGACUUUCACCCAGAGCAACCCGGCCACCCACGCGCCGCUCGCGACCUACUCCAAUGCCUCCAAGGCCGAUGUCCAAGCUGCCAUUGACUCCGCCCUCAAUGCCCGCAAGUCUUGGGCUGCGACCCCCUUCGCGGAGCGUGCCAGCAUCUUCCUCAAGGCCGCUGACCUGAUCGCCUCCAAGUACCGCUACGAUAUCAUGGCUCUGACUAUGCACGGCCAAGGCAAGAACGCCUGGCAGGCGGAGAUUGACUCGGCCGCUGAGCUGUGCGAUUUCUUCCGCUUCGGUGUCAAGUAUGCCGAGGAGCUCUACGCCCAGCAGCCUGUCCACCAUGCCCCUGGCGUGUGGAACCGUCUCGAGUACCGUCCUCUCGAGGGCUUCGUCUACGCCAUCAGCCCCUUCAACUUCACCGCCAUCGGUGGUAACCUGGCUGGUGCUCCCGCUCUAAUGGGUAACGUUGUCUUGUGGAAGCCUUCGCCCUCUGCCAUUGCCUCCAACUGGCUCGUUCACCAGAUCCUUCUUGAGGCCGGUCUGCCCAAGGAUGUCAUCCAAUUCGUCCCUGGUGAGGCUGAGGAGGUCACCAGCACCGUUCUCAACCACAAGGAAUUCGCCGCCCUCCACUUCACUGGCAGCACUGAUGUCUUCCGCAUGCUGUAUGGCAAGAUCUCCCAGGGUGUGGCGGAUGGCAAGUACCGCAGCUACCCACGCAUCGUGGGCGAGACCGGUGGCAAGAACUUCCACCUGAUUCAUAAGUCCGCCGAUGUGCGUAACGCCGUGGUCCAGACCGUCCGUGGUGCCUUUGAGUUCCAGGGACAGAAGUGCAGCGCCACCUCCCGCGCCUACGUCGCUUCCUCCAUUGCCGACAAGUUCGUCGAGGGUGUCGCCGCUGAGGUCAAGAAGCUGAAGAUCGGCGAGCCUUCAGAGUUCACCAACUUCUGCGGUCCCGUCGUCCACGAGGCUUCCUUCAACAAGCUGGCUGGUGUCAUUGACGAGGCUAAGAACGAUCCCGAGCUGGAGCUGGUUGCUGGUGGCACUUACGAUUCUUCCAAGGGAUGGUACAUCCAGCCCACUGUCUACCGCACCUCCAACCCCGAUCACCCUCUCCUCUCCCGCGAGCUGUUCGGCCCCAUCAUCGUCAUCCACUCCUACAACGAUGCCACCGAGGCCGACUUUGUCAAGAUCUGCGACAAGAUCGAUAGCACCGGCACCUACGGUCUGACCGGUUCCAUCUUCGCCCAGGACCGUGAGGCCAUCCAGGUUGCUGAUGAUGCCCUCCGUAACGCUGCCGGCAACUUCUACAUCAACUGCAAGAGCACUGGUGCCGUUGUUGGCCAGCAGCCGUUCGGUGGUGCCCGUGCUAGCGGUACCAACGACAAGGCCGGAAGUGCCAACCUGCUCUCUCGUUUCGUCAGCCUGCGCUCGGUGAAGGAGGAGUUUGUUCCCACGUACACCGUUGAGUAUCCCAGCAACGCCAACUAA